UGCUCACAACGUAGGCUCGUCGACGCUACUACGACUCGCUCCAGAACUCGCUCCAGAGUUCAUGGCAACUGCUUCGCGAGCGGGUCUGAAAGUGACUACAAAGUGCUCGAACCUGCAAAAGGCGAUCGAAAACGAACGGAGACAGAUGCGCUUCGCGACAUAUUCGGCCCAGGAUCACCCACGCUUCGAGAGGUACUUAAACUACACGGAGCUGAAGGACGCCGUCCAAGAGUACGCCAAGGAGUACGACCACGUGACGUACGCGACCAUUGGCCAAUCCUACGAAGGCAGGGACCUCAUUGCUGUCCACAUCAAGGCCAAAGCGAAUUUGCCCAUAGUUUUCAUGCAGUGCGGAAUCCACGCAAGGGAGUGGAUAUCACACGCCACCUGCCUGUACAUCAUUGAUCAGCUGGCGACACGCUACGAGAAGGACGAAGAAAUACGCCGUCUGGUGUCCGCGUACGAGUGGCGUAUCCACCCGGUGGUCAACCCUGAUGGCUACGACUACACACACACCAAGGACCGGUACUGGAGGAAAACCCGCUCCAAGAGCAGCGCCUCGGAGGAGUGUCUGGGAGCCGACGCAAACCGAAACUUCGACACCCGCGAAUUCUGUCACACGUUUAAUGGCUCGUUGUCCUCCCCCGACCCCUGCUUGCUCACCUACUGCGGCGACCGUGCCUUCUCUGAGGUCGAGACCCGUGCCAUUAGGGACGCCGUGAUGGCGACCCGGAACCGCACCGAGUUCUUCUUCGACCUGCACAGCUACGGCACCAUGUGGAUGUUCCCCUACGGUUACACCGACGCCCCAGUUCCCGAAUACGACCAGCUGCUCAAGAUUUCGCGAAGAGCCGCAGAAGCCAUCGAGAAAGUCAAGGGUUCUGUCUACAGGGUUGGAGCGAUGUACCAGACGAUAUAUCCGCUGUCCGGGUGCAGCUCUGACUGGGCAUACGACAAGGCCGGCGUGAAGAAGUCUUUCGCCAUCGAACUGCAGCCUAGGCAGGCUAUAUUUGACGCCGACUUCGGAUUCCUGCACCCGAGCAAAGACAUCGUCUCUACCGCCACCGAGGCGUGGGAGGGCGUCAAGGCGGCAGUCUCCACCUAGAGCCGUCGGCCCCAAUGUUGUCACAUCUGUGAAUUUUGUAUCGACACCUGCAAAAUUUUACCGAA